AGUAAGUGGGAGGAGCGAGCUGCAGCGGGACGCGCCACGACGCAGCAGCACCAGCAGACCCGUCAAAACCUCCAGGUCAAGCAAUCAGAUCGCUGGUACACCUGUAGUUACCUUCAGCAGCACGCUGUCUGGAUAAAAAAAAAAAAAAAAACCCAAUACAAGCAAACCAGUCAAAUAUGAUCGAAGGUGUUUGGAGGCAGAGCGUCUGCAUGACAUAGCGGACGCAGGCGGUUCAGGGUAAGCGGAUGUGUUUUCAGCGCCUGGUUUAUCCUCUGCAGGACAAAGAGGGUCGUCUUCCUUCAAAUUAUGAUGCAUCUCAUCGGGUUGGUCUUAAUUCUGGUCGUGACGGGCAUAGCAAAAGGCUGGGAAUGCAGCGCAGGGUGCAGCACAGAAACGGGGUUUUGUGAGAAGCCGGGGAGGUGCAGGUGCAAACCCGGGUGGGAAGGAGAGAACUGUGACCGCUGCAUCCCCUUUCCUGGAUGUUUGCAUGGCAGAUGUGAGAAAGCGUGGCAGUGCAUCUGCAGGGAGGGCUGGGUGGGCAGUCUGUGUGACCAAGAUACUCGCCAGUGCUCAUCCAAGCCUUGCACCAAUAACGCCACCUGCAUAGAGAAAGGAGAAGGGGGAUACCUGUGUGUGUGUCCCCAGGGCUACGCUGGAGAAAACUGCCAAAUGAAGCAGGGAGUUUGCUUCCAGAAUGGCUCUCCUUGUCAAAACGGGGGCACUUGUUUGGAGGCCAGCAGCUCAGCAGCCGACCCUUCCUGUUUAUGUCCCCCUGGAUUUUCCGGAGCCUUCUGUGACAUCAGCAUUGACAGUUGCCAGCCGAACCCUUGCCUGAACAGUGGCAGCUGCACAGACCACGGCUUGGCUUUCACAUGCGCCUGUCUGCCCGGCUUCACCGGUUUUACUUGUAAUGACACCAGCAGCCUCUCCCCCUGCGCAGGCAGGCCUUGUGCCAAUGAGGGAACUUGUGUCGGUCAGCCUGACGGAACCUUCCGCUGCAUAUGUCAGAAAUGGUUCACAGGUCCCACCUGUUCCCUCAAUCACAGACAGAGGUUCAGAACCAAGCCUGCAAGUCCCAAACCAGUGGAGCACAGGGGGUUUGGGCUCACUCCGCAGCACUACUCCCUUCCUGCCCACGCCUUUCACAAGCUGCUCAGACCGCCGGAGAGGGACCUGCUGAAGAUCACCCUGAAGGAGUCUGUCCACUCCUCUGGCGUUCUCGUCACCCACGGCCAGCUCAUUUGCUUUGGCGUGCUGGCGUUGCUCACCUGUUUGGUUAUCUUGGGUACCACAGGAAUAGUCUUCUUUGGCCGCUGCGAGACAUGGCUGGCCAAUGCCAAGUACAGCCAGCUUGUUCGACAGCAGCGGGAACACCUGCUGAGAGAAACUGGCAACACGAGCCAGGAAGAACCGGAGCACUCUGUAAACAUCAUCCUGCCAGAAAAGAUUCGACUCUCCAGCUUUGGGAGACACUACACCUCCAUCUGAUUAAAUGUCUCCUCCUGUUACCUGCUCCUUGCGGAGGGAAGCCAAAGCGAAUGUCUCAGUAAAAACCAGAAUGAAGUACUGUCAUUGUUGUGCAGCUGUUUUACACAGAAGAAAUUGGACUGAAUGUAUUCUGCACUGGGUCAAGUGGACAACUGUUACAUUGGAUUGUGAAUGUUUUCAUCUGUCAGUCAUGCAUUUGAAAUCCAUUAAAGUGCAGAAGUUCAAAAGA